CGGCAACACUCUUCUCUCUCACAUCAUCAAUUACUUCUCAACCCUGAACUGAAUCACAAUAUCAUAUUUCUCUUCAACGUUGAAAUUUAUACGACAAUAUGGAGCUGAUCCCUGAUCUUCCCGAGCCCGUAGCCCGCGAGUGCCUCCUACGCUCCUCCUACCAGCAAUUUCCUCUGAUCUCCUCUGUUUCCAAACUCUGGCGGCGAGAGAUCAGUCUCCCUGAUUUUCUCCGACACCGUAAAUCUUCAGGACACAGCCAGGAGCUUGUUGUCUUGUCCCAGGCUAGGAUCAAACCUGUUUCGGAACUCGGUUCGGGAAAAACCAUCCCUACUCCCGUGUACCGGAUCUCUGUUCUUGAACCAGAGUCCGGUUUAUGGACCGAGCUGCCUCCGGUUCCCGGCAAAUCCAACGGCUUGCCUCUGUUUUGUAGAUUAGCUUCUGUCGGGACGGAUCUUGUCGUGAUCGGGGGGCUUGACCCGGCCACGUGGCGGACCUCUGAUUCUGUCUUCAUCUUCAGCUUCUUGACUUCCACGUGGCGUAACGGGACGAGCAUGCCGGGUGGACCACGCUCCUUCUUCGCCUGCGCUUCUGAUUCUGAACGGAACGUGUUCGUCGCCGGUGGACACGACGAAGACAAGAACGCGCUGACGUCAGCUCUCGUGUACGACGUGGCAGAAGACAGAUGGGCUUUACUGCCAGACAUGGGCCGUGAACGAGACGAAUGCACGGCUAUUUUCCACGCUGGCAAAUUUCAGGUCAUAGGUGGUUACACCACGGUGGAGCAAGGGCAGUUUAGUAAAAUCGCCGAGUCACUCGACGUCGCGACACGGCGGUGGGGAGCAGAGACUAAAGAUUUUCUCGCUCCGGGGAUGACUACUUGGCCUCCGGUCUGUGCAGCCGGCGGAAACGGAGUGCUUUACGCUUGCUGCCGCCGUGAUCUGAUGGUGAUGAAUGGUGACACGUGGCAGAAAGUUGGGGAUUUACCUGCUGACGUGUGUAAUGUAUCAUACGUGGCGGUAAGGAGGUCUGGUAAGCUGGUCGUUAUCGGUUCGGCUCGGUACGGUGAACCAAGCGUAGGGUACAUUUGGCAUACGAGUGAUUCUCGCUGGGAGAAGCUGGAAACGUGUGAAAAAUAUGAAGGUCACGUUCAAGCUGGUUGUUUCUUGGAGAUAUAACACGAGGAUGCAAGAUUGGUCGGUUGGUUUCUUUCGGUUCAUGGAAUCAUGGUGUGACUGUACAAAUAUUCUAUAGAUAUCCAAAAAAGGUUUAUAAGCUUGAGUGUUAAUUUGUUGUUGAUUCAUUUUAUAUUUUUGUGCUUCGUUUUGUUAAUAACACAGAUGAGUGUUCAAUU